AUGGGACCAACAAGGACUGGUCAGACACCUUGUCUGCGCCGGCGUGAGUUUGCCAGCGAGCAGUUGCCGAGACAUGCUUGUUCUGUUGAAGCUGAUAGAGGCGCUAAAGGACCUGAUAUGUUCUGGGACAUUAGAUGGCUCAAAGAGCGAGUGAAGAAACUAUUACUGUGGAAAAGGAUCGAACCUUUCCUUCCCGAAUGGCCUCUGACAGCUACAGCUAACGGCACCAGCGAUUACUUGGUUGGCAUGACUCUGCAUUGUUUCAUCCUCUCCGUCUUCGUUCUGUCCGUGGCAGCUGCCAGGGCCCUGGUGGUUCUGUUCCGGUUCGCCUGUUACAUUUCUUUGCACUACGCUAUCUACAAGGGAGAAAUCAUUCCAAUUUCCGAAGUCAGCGCCGAGCCGGUAACGGUUGACCAGGUGCGUGAAGCGACCAUCUUCGAUUCCUCGGGUCUUAAGAUCAUCCUUGUUCAAAGCACACCUAAAAUUUCAAAUCGACCGCCCACGCCAGCCAGUAGAAGCAGGCUGACGACUACCAAAUCACCACCUCGAGAUUCUGAAAGUGUCUCCUCCCAAGACUGCUCCAAUAGUUUUAGUUUUUCCUCCAAGUGA